UUUGUCUUAUUUUGCAUUUACAUACUGAACAGGCAAGUCGGUAUUUUCAAUCAUCGUGCUAUUUUCCAAGUGAAGGUUAUUUCUGGAAAGAAAUCCCUUAUCGCAAUUGAUAUAUAGUGAAUUUUACUUAGUGCUCCCUUCUUGGGUAUUGUGCUUUGGAAAAAUGAAGUACUUUUUACUUUUGGGUUUGCUUCUUUUAGCAGGCUUAAAUGAAAUAGUGGCUGAAGAAACAGCAGAAGAUGAUGUAGAAUCCAUUGAUCUUGACUUGGGUUCCUUCAAAGAAGGUUCCAGAACUGAUGCCGAAACACUUAAACGUGAAGAAGAAGCCAUAAAGCUUGAUGGCUUAAGUGUGGCACAAAUGAAAGAGAUCCGCGAAAAGGCCGAGAAAUUCACAUUCCAAACGGAGGUAAACCGCAUGAUGAAGCUCAUUAUCAAUUCUUUGUACCGCAACAAGGAAAUAUUCUUGCGGGAAUUGAUUUCAAAUGCAUCUGAUGCCAUCGAUAAGAUUCGUCUCUUGGCACUUACGAACAAGGGCGAAUUGGAUACCAAUCCAGAACUGAAUAUACGAAUAAAAGCCGAUAAAGAGAACAAAAUUCUGCAUAUUAUGGAUUCCGGUAUCGGCAUGACUCACCAGGAUCUAAUAAACAAUUUGGGUACAAUCGCCAAAUCCGGCACGGCUGAUUUCCUUGCAAAAAUGCAAGAUUCUACUAAGGCUGAGAGCGGUCAAGACCUCAAUGAUAUGAUUGGUCAAUUUGGUGUUGGUUUCUACUCUGCGUUCUUAGUUGCAGAUCGCGUUGUCGUUACCACUAAGCAUAACGCCGACAAACAAUACAUUUGGGAGUCUGAUGCUAAUAGUUUCAGUAUUGUGGAAGAUCCACGUGGCGAUACAAUUAAACGUGGUUCCAUCAUUUCAUUGCACCUAAAGGAUGAAGCACAAGAUUUUCUGGAGGAAGACACUGUGCGUGAAUUGAUACGCAAAUACUCACAGUUCAUAAAUUUCCCGAUUUUAAUGUGGUCAAGCAAAACCGUUGAGGAAGAAGUACCGAUUGAAGAAGAGGACACAACUGAAAAACCUGCCAACGCGGAGGAUGAUGUAGAAGAUAGCGAUGAAGAAGCAAAGGUAGAAGAAGAAUCGGAAGACGAUGUCAAACCGAAGACGAAGAAGGUAUCAAAAACUAUUUGGGAUUGGCAAUUAAUUAACGACAGCAAACCAAUUUGGACUCGUAAACCUAACGAAGUAACCGAAGAUGAAUACACCGAAUUCUACAAGACCCUUACAAAGGACAGCACCGAGCCUUUAACACACACCCAUUUUGUUGCCGAAGGAGAAGUGACAUUCAAAAGUUUGCUAUACAUUCCCAAAGUGCAGCCAUCCGAAUCUUUCAAUCGCUACGGCACCAAGGCAGAUAAUAUCAAAUUAUAUGUACGUCGUGUUUUCAUCACUGACGAAUUCAAUGAUAUGAUGCCCAAUUACUUGAACUUUAUUCGGGGAGUAGUGGAUUCCGAUGAUCUGCCACUGAAUGUAUCUCGGGAAACGCUACAACAACAUAAACUCAUCAAGGUUAUCAAGAAGAAGUUGGUGCGCAAAGUUCUGGAUAUGAUCAAGAAGAUUGACAAGGACAACUAUAGCAAGUUCUGGAAGGAAUACUCAACCAACAUUAAGCUCGGUAUCAUGGAAGAUCCAAGUAACCGUUCUCGCCUUGCUAAAUUAUUGCGUUUCCAAUCGUCCAAUGGUAAAGAUGUGACGUCACUCGCUGAAUAUGUUGAGCGUAUGAAGCCAAAACAAGAACACAUUUACUUCAUUGCUGGUGCUAACCGCGCUGAGGUUGAGAAAUCACCAUUCGUAGAACGCUUGUUAAGCAAAGGCUAUGAAGUCUUAUAUCUAGUAGAAGCUGUCGAUGAGUACUGCAUUUCCGCACUACCUGAAUUCGAUGGCAAAAAAUUCCAAAACGUGGCCAAGGAAGGUUUUAAGCUUAACGAAUCAGAAAAGAGCAAAUCCAGAUUUGAGGAACUGAAAAACACGUUCGAACCACUAGUAAAAUGGUUGAAUGAUGUGGGUCUUAAAGACAAAAUUUUGAGAGCCCAAGUUUCAGAGCGCCUUAGCAACUCGCCAUGCGCACUCGUGGCAGGAAUGUUCGGUUGGACUGGAAAUAUGGAACGUUUGGCAUUGUCCAACGCUCACCAAAAGUCAGAUGAUCCACAACGUAGUUACUAUUUGAAUCAAAAGAAAACAUUAGAAAUCAAUCCACGUCAUCCACUCAUUCGGGAACUUUUGCGUCGUGUUGAAGCUGACGAAGCAGACAGCACGGCCAAGGAUAUGGCUGUGAUGAUGUUCCGAACUGCAACAUUGCGUUCUGGUUUCAUGUUACAGGAGACAGCAGAUUUUGCGGACACCAUCGAAAAAAUGAUGAGACAAUCAUUGGGCGUGCCAUUGGAUGAACAAGUUGAAUUGGAUGAAGAGGAUGAGGAGCCAGCUGACGACACCGCCAGCGAAGAGGAUAUCGAAGAGUCAUCAGAAAAAGCUAGCAACACGGCAGACGAUGACGAUGAAGUUCAUGAUGAGCUCUAAAUUAGAGAAAUUUAGUUAUAGUGUAUAGAUCUUAAAUAUAUUCAAAGAAUGGCAGACUGAUUUUUUAGUUUGACCGCUCAAUCCAUUUUGUAAACAUCAAAAUACCUACUUCAUCACACUUUGAUAAUUUUUAUUUUUAUAAAUGUGAUCAAAAUAAAAGAUAUCAAAAAGAAAUCACCGCAUACAAGACAAGAUUACACACAAGCUACCUCCGCCAUUCCGAUUAUUUUGUCACUGUCCGGCAGGUUUAGGAAGCGGUAAAUGGAUAUACAUAUAGCAAGAUUUAGAGCGGAAGUUUAAGAUUAAAUAAUGUUAUUUAAAAAAAAAAUAUUUGUAAUUUAUAAAGAAAAAAUUUCAUGAAUAAAAAACAUAUUUCACGCUGAAA